UAAGCUGGGAAAAGUGCCAUUCUGACAGCUCUUAUAGUGGGUCUUGGUGGAAAAGCAACCAUAACCAACAGAGGAACAUCUUUGAAGGGCUUUGUGAAAUAUGAAGAGAGUUUUGCAGACAUUAAAGUGAAAUUAAAAAACAGAGGAAACGACCCCUAUAAAGGUGACAUUUAUGGAGACAGCAUCUGCAUUGAGCAUCGGAUCACAAGCGACGGUUGCAGGACUUGUAAAAUCAAGAAUAAAACUGGUCAUGUCAUUUCCACAAAGAAAGAAGAGUUAACUGCUAUACUGGACCAUUUCGGCAUUCAGGUUGACAAUCCCAUUUCAAUACUCAAUCAAGAAAUGAGCAAACAGUUCCUGCAUUCAAAAAGUGAAGCAGACAAGUACAAGUUUUUCAUGAAAGCAACUCUUUUGGAGCAAAUGAAGAGAGACUACAUUCACAUCAAGCAGACUAAAGCCUUGACGCGCGAACAGGUGGAAAGACAAGAGGAGUGUCUUAAAGAUCUCAGGCAGUUGUUUUUGCAAAAGAAAGAAAGAUAUGAAUGCUUGUCGUCGCUUGACAAUAUGAGACAGAAUCUAGAGGACCUGAAGAAGAAGAUGGCAUGGUGUUUGGUGAGAGAGAAGGAGAGGCUUGUUGAACAACUGAUGGAACAAAUUGAAAACGAAGAGUCUGAUCAUAAAAAUGAAGAAAAGCUGCAGCUCUGUCAG